AUUAUAAUUACAGACAUGAAUCUAACUCUUGCACUGUCCUGCAUGAUCGGGGUCAUGUGGUUGUUCUGCGGAAGAUGUAAAGCAGCUCCUGGAUUAAUCACUGGCAUCCAUCGCAAUUUAGGAAAGCAUCCACAUAUUCACGGGUUCGCUGUAGAAGGUCUCGUAAAAGACCUUGUAGAGGAUCUCGUCGGCGAGGACGAGGAUAAUCUACGACUCAGCAAGCGCCAGCAGCUGGACGAUUAUGGUCAUAUGAGAUUCGGCAAGCGGUUCAACGGGGAUGACGAGGAAUAUGGGCAUUCGCGACUUGGCAGAAAUAUCGAGUAAAACACCAUCAUGUCGGGUUUCUCUCUACAUCGUAAAUAGUGAUCGUUCACACUCGUGUGCUAGAUGUAGAUAGAAUAUAUUUUACA